AGCCCCUGGCCCAAGUCCUUGGGGCUCUGCGCCAGCCGCCUGGCUACAGCGCGGGUGGCAUGCCCGCCGCGGUGGCCAUGAGCGCCGCCAUGGCUCCGGCGGGCGCCCUGGCGGUGGCUGCGGAAAGCACGCCGCGGCCGCGUUGGGCCCCGGAGCCCAGGGCCGCCCCCGCCGCCGCGGCCGCCGCGGCGGCCGCGGCGCCGGCGCUGACGCCCACCGGCCCAGCCAGCUCGGCGGCGCCGCGUUUGGCGCCCGCCCUUCUGGGCGCCCUUGCGGCGCGCUGGGCUGGCCAGAGCCGCGCCGCGCGCAAGCGACCGCGGGUGGUGGCCAGGCGGGCAAAGGCGUGGUCAGACAUCUCGAGGAUGCUGGGCUCGCAGGAGGUGGGCGAGCGCGGCGAGGAUGUGGACUUCACCGCUCCACCGCCGGGGGGCGCCGCCGCCGCCGACGCGGCCUGGUUCGCCACGGGGAACAAGGGCAAGAGUGUCAGACGACCCCCAGCCGGCAUCUGGCGCGCGCUUUGUUCGGUGCGGCCCAAGGCUGAGUCUCCUUUCAGGGAGCUGUCCCCGACGCACGCGCGCGCGGCCCUGGACGCCCUGCGCUCUGGCGCCGCGCAGGGGGCCGCUGAGGCGCAGCCAGCCCAGACCCUCAGGGAGGAGCUGGGUGACGACGCGCUGUUCGACGACCUGCGGGCGCAGGCGCGCGAGCUGCGCGGGGUUGUGGCCGCAGCGCCGCCCGAUGAGGUGCUGGAGGAGCGGGUGUGGGGCUUCCUGGCAGGCUUCUGGGCCUCGAUGACCGCACACGGGCCCUCCCGCCAGAGGACGUACGAGCUGUCCGUGCUGCUGGGCGGCCUGCUGGCUCAGGUACCGGACGAGGCCUUGCGGGCUGCCUUCAAGAUGUCCCUGGUGCAGAUGGCCAAGCCCGACCAGGCGCCGCUGGUGGGCGGCACGGGCGCCAAAGCCGCGGGGGCGCCCGCGGAGGCCUGCGUGGCCGCGGAGCUCGAGCGUUUGGCAGGCGAGCUUGAGGACGGCGGGCUGCCAGAGGACGAGGUCGAGGAGCGUCUGCAGCGACUCCUGCAGCUGCUCGCUGGCCCGUCAGCGCGCCAGCUGGCGCGCGGCUGGAGGCUGCCGCCGCCGGCGCCGGCGCUGGCGGCGCGGUGCCUGGCUGCGGCGGCGGGAGCGAGGCUGUCGCUGCUGGAGGAGCCGAAGGGCUUCGGGGUGCUCUGCCGGACCCUGAGCCGCCUGGGCCCGGAAGACGUGGCCGCGGCCGGCCUCUGGGGCGUGCUGUCGGGCGCGAGCUUCAGGGUUCGGGUGGCGCUCUUCGAGGCUCUCGCGGGCGCGCCCGCCCGCCCGCCCCUCGAGGCGCCCGCUGGCGGCGGUGGGGCAGGAGCAGCGGGUUCACCUGUCGCCACCGCGCAGGAGCAAUUCGCCCCGCUGGACUCGUGGAGCCGAUUUGGCGCGAGCGCAGGGGACGUGCUGUCGGCCUGCCUCGAGUACGCCGCCGCUGGCGGGGCAAGCCUGCUGGAGCAGGAGAAGCCCUACUCCAUCGACAUCAAGCUGCCCAGGGUCCCCCGCACGAAGAGGGCUUGGGCGAGGAAAAGCACCAAGUACAGGGACACCCCAUGGUGGGGAACGGUUAUAAACCAGGGCGAGACCCUCCGCUUCGCGAAGCAGGGCCACGAGCUUCGCAGGAAGCCGUGGCUGGUGCCAGAGCCGCAGACGGGGCCAGCCUGCCCGGCACCAGCGGAAGAUCCCGCAACGACUCUGGCGGCUGACCUCUCGCGCGUGGAGCGCCUCGUUGGGCUGCUGGCGAUCGCCGGGGCGCUUGAGGAGCUGGAGCCUUGGCAGGCGCAGCAGCUGCUCGGCGGGCUCGGCUCGCGGCUGGGCGCUGCAGCGACGCAGGUGUCGAACUGCCUGUUGCGCGCCGCGAGGAAAAAUCCGCAAGAGUAUGGGGUUGCUCAGCUGUUCCCCCUGGCUCGGGCGUUGCCGACCGAGGUCAGGGGGGAGCACUGCCCCGCUAUCGUGCACGCGCUGCUGGCGCGGUGGGAGGCCCUGCGUCCAGAGGCCCUGGCGGUGGCGCUGCUGCCGCUGGCGGACGAGCUCACGGACGCGCCGGAGGCCUUGACCAGUGCGCUCGCCGAAGCCGUGGCGGCGAGCCAAUCUGGGCUGCUGGGCAGGGUGCCGCGAGGCAGGCUCGGGGCUGUCGUCGAGGCCUGGUCGCGGAGCGCGCUCCUGCCAGCACCCCUGCGGGCGAUGCUCGCCCGAGGCCUGGAGCAGCAGUUGUUGACGCUGACCGUGGGGCAGAUGAUCGCCGCGUCGAAGCUGCUCCUCGAGGACUGGUCGUCCGGCCCCCCAGGCGGUAGACCCCCGCUGGUGGCCUGGUGGCGCGCCUGGGUGGAUAACGCGCUGGCCGACAAGGUCGCGCGUUGGACCCGCGCCAGCGAUGCUCUGCGAGAGGUAGGUGCGUGGGCCGCGCGCGCGUCCUCGGCGCCGUCGCUGGCCAGCGGCGGCGCUGGCGCGGAGGCGCGGCUGGCGCGCGAGGUCCGCGCGGAGGCCUUGAUACUGCCCAUCUGCGAGGGGGCGGUCUCUGCCAGGCAGGCGACGGGCGCCCAGCCCCCGCUCGAGUUGCUCAUGGAGCUGCUGGAGCUGCGGGAGCUGACGCUGGCGCCAGCUUCCGAGCUCGGGGGGCGUCUCGUCGAGGCCGUCGAGGUGCGGGUGGACACCCUGCUCGCGCAGGGCACGCCGGCCCUGCCGCUCGGCGUCGCCCUCCGUGUGGCGAAGGGCCUCACCCCGGCGGGUUGCAAGCCGGGGUCCCUGCGGUGGCACGGCGCGGUGGCGGCCAUCGUCGUAGGGCUGAAGACGAAGCGGGACCUCGAGUUUUUCGUCGCGAGUCGUCCUCCGAAGCUCCUGUGGGACGCCGUCGCAGCGCGGGUGCAGGGCGAUUGGCGCGGCCUUGAGCUCCGGUUUCGCCAGCGCGGCUGAGCCGUGACAGGCUUCGUCCCUUUUCACUCCAAGGAGGAGGAGG